AAUCUCUGAUCCUUAUCCAACUCUCCAUAGAUAUCAUCCCAAAACCGCUCAACACAGAAAAACAAAGCAACCAUCAUCAUAACUAGGGAAGAAGAAAAUAUGGCAACAAUAAGUGGUCUAAGUCUCUCAAACCCUAGGCUUCUCUUCAACUCACCGGGAUUUCCACAAACCAUCAAGAUCUCCUCAGCAUCGUCGCUCUCAACACGCCAAACCUUAACUGGAUCAGGUAGGAUGAAGAUAGUUCAACCUGUUCGUGCUGCACCAGAACAAAUAUCGAAGAAGGUGGAGGAGAGCAUAAAGAGCGCGCAAGAGACGUGUGUUGAUGAUCCAGUUAGUGGAGAAUGCGUGGCGGCGUGGGAUGAGGUGGAGGAACUGAGCGCGGCGGCGAGCCAUGCAAGGGAUAGGAAGAAGGAGUCUGACCCGUUGGAGGAUUACUGUAAGGAUAACUCGGAGACUGAUGAGUGCAAGACUUAUGAUAACUGAGAGAGAGAGUGUGUAAAAGUGAAACUGUUGCUUUAUAUGAUGAGUAUAAUGAACAUGAUGAGAUUUGAGAUUGUGUGUGUAACUUUAUGCAUGUUUAUAUUAGCAUCAUAGGUUAUAUAGCAUAUUAGAAGAUAAUUGUAAUUUAAAUUAAGAGAUUUCUG